GCUAUGGGAUCCACCGCCCCUAUAAAUAACUGGGGAAAGGAACUUUCCUAAGUCAGAGACUUUAGGACACGGGACCCAGAACCAGAUGGUCCGGAGGAGACGCGCCAGCCCCCGCCGCAGCUGCCGGAGCGGUGAAGCCCCGCCGCGCCGCAGGGACUGAUCCAGCCCGGCCGGGCAGCGCCGCGGGGCCGUGCCCAGGCCAGAGACUGCGGCAGGGUCUGGAGCCCCCCACCCCGACGGCGGCAGCUUGACCCUCUGCCGGGGGGGCCCCCCUGCGUAGUUUCCUCCUCCCCGCAUCCCCCUUUGCUUUCAUGCAACGCCUGGUGGCCUGGGACGCAGCAUGCCUCCCCAUCCAGCCGCCCGCCUUUAAAUCCAUGGAAGUGGCUAAUUUCUAUUACGAGGCGGACUGUCUGGCUGCUCUCAACAAGCUGCACCCGCGGGCGGCCGGGGGCCGCUCCAUGACCGAGCUCACCGUCGGGGACCACGAGCGAGCCAUCGACUUCAGCCCGUACCUGGAGCCUUUGGCGUCGCAGCCGCCGCCUCCCGCGGCAGCAGCAGGGGGCAACUUUGAGCCUCCGUGCAGCAGCGGCGCCGGCCAAGAUUUCCUUUCCGAUCUCUUCGCCGAGGACUAUAAAGGCAGCGGCGGCAGCAAGAAGCCCGACUACACCUACAUCAGCCUCGCCCGGCACAGCCACCCCUGCGCCAGCCAGAGCCACAAGCCGGGGGGGCUGCCGGGCUGCUUCCCGCCCCAGAUCGUGGAAACCAAAGUGGAGCCGGUCUUCGAGACCCUGGACUCUUGCAAAGGGCCCCGUAAGGAAGAAGGGGGCGCGGGGCCGGGACCGGGGGGCAUGUCCUCUCCCUACGGCAGCACCGUGCGCUCCUACCUGGGUUACCAGUCGGUGCCGAGCGGCAGCAGCGGGAACCUGUCCACAUCAUCCUCCUCCAGCCCCCCCGGCACCCCCAACCCCUCCGAGUCCUCCAAGUCCGCCGCCGCCGGCGGGGGCUACUCCACCGCCCCGGCGGGCAAGAACAAGCCCAAGAAGUGCGUGGACAAGCACAGCGACGAGUACAAGCUCCGCCGGGAGAGGAACAACAUCGCGGUGCGCAAGAGCCGCGACAAAGCCAAAAUGCGCAACCUGGAGACGCAGCAUAAAGUCUUGGAACUGACGGCCGAGAACGAGCGGCUGCAGAAGAAGGUGGAGCAGCUCUCCCGGGAGCUGAGCACCCUCAGGAACUUGUUCAAACAGCUGCCCGAGCCGCUGCUCGCCUCCUCGCCGCGCUGCUGACCCCCGGCCGGGCGGCGGGGCGAGCGGAGCCGCGGGCUCCCGACCCCGCUCCGCAUCCUGGGGCCGGGGCGAGGGGGGCGAGAGCCCGCGGCGGGCGGGCGGGUUUGGUUUCAAUUUGUGAUGUUGUUGUUGUUGGAUUUUUUUUUUUUUUGUCUUUACCGACAUGUUGGCGGAAGGCUCCGCCGCCGCGCGGGGGCUGCGCGGGGCCGGGGCUGCAGCGGGGCGGGCGCGGAGGGGGCGCGGAGGGACCCCGGCCCCGGCCCGGGCGGGCUCUGCUGGGCGCUGGGUUAUUUAAAAGAGCGAGAGGAGAGCAAGGGCAAAGUGAUGCAAUCCUUUAAGCAUGGCUGGGAAUGCUGUGUACAUGAUGCAAUCUCGUGUAACUGUCAGUCAUGGAUUGAGUAAUCUGUUAAAGAUGUUCCUACAGUUUUUUUUAUUAUAAAGAAUAAUCUAUUUCUAUAAGAAAAUACAUAUGUAUAUUUUGGGAUCUAUGCAUUCUUGCUACAUUUGAAGCAUUAAUGAACAAUUUUAAUAAACUUUAUGACUAGGUUAAAAAAAA